GUACGAAAAUACCGCGACAAGAACUGUCAAAGUGAACUUGUGAAAUUGUCGUUCGUUAAAAACAAGAGUUUGUUUUAUUUAUUUCACAAUGGAUAGCCGUUUGUACGAAUCUAAAUUGCCAAACCAUAAAAUAUUUAAAGAUCUAAAGGAAUGUAUGAGUGAAAAUCCCAGUGGAAAGUUGCGUAAUUUGAUCGAAUUGAAGGAUGAUGUGUUUUAUGUUUGGAACACGAAAGAAAACUGUUUAUUGAGUUUAAAUCUGAAGCAUUUGGAGGAACAUGGAGACGAGACACCCUACCAGAAACUGCACUUCCUAUUCCCACCCGCAUUUGAAGUGGAGAGGAUUAUGAGCAGUGGCUGUGGAAGUCGUAUCUGCGUUUGGGGAUCCCGAGGUGUGACCAUUGCUGAACUGCCUUCAAGGUGGGGCCGAGGUGGACUCUUCGAUUCCGGCAACCAGACCGUACUGUGCAAGAGUUAUUCCCUGGACGAAAGAUUCCUGUACUGCCAGGGUGAGGUACGCCGAGUCCAUUGGCACCCCGCGUCACUAUCACACGUGUUCGUAUUGGGAUCGGAUAACACCAUCAGACUCUACAACAUAGCCCUGAAAAAAGGUCCCAAACUAGUCCAGAGCUUCACCAUCGGCAUCAAACCAUCAAGCCAGCUCGCUGGUAGGAAUAUCCUGGACAGUCUCGGAGACACCGCAGUGGACUUCACCCCCAUACUAGAUACUGAAACACUACUGAUUCUGAGGGGGAAUGGAGACGUCUAUAUGAUGCAAUGCGAAUUGGAGCGUAAGAGUCCCCUACAACCGAAGCUGUCGGGUCCGCUCGCGAUGUACCCGCCGGCGGACGACAACUACGGCUCGGAGUCCUGUUCCAUCACCGCUCUUGGGGGAGGGGACACUCCUCCUCUUGUGGUCGUCGCUACUUGCUCAGCAGCGUUGUACCAUUGUCUGCUGUUGCCUAAUCCUUCAGAUAAAGAAGACGGCGACACCCACGCCCUCUACGUUGUGGAAGCAGUGGAACUGAACGUGAACCUGAGCCCUGAUGAUGAGCAGUCGUACUCGUACCCUGUCGACUUGUAUCCUUGCACCAACAACACGUACGCGUGUGUUCACGCUGGGGGCGUACACGCCAUCACGCUGCCCAUACUGGGACACUUGGUCGACUACGCGCUGGCUGAUGAGACGGAGAGUGAGUCGGUGCUGGGCGCGCUGUGCGUGCGGUCGAGCGUGGCGCGGCACGUGGUGGCCAGCGCCGCCGCCGCAGGGCUCGCGCUGUCCGCGCCGCCGCUGCCGAGGCUACUCGUACUCGUCGGACCUGCUACACUCGUGCCCAGAACUCUAGAACCCUUCGACUUAGAAGAACAGCUGUACAAAGAGUUGCAGCUCAAGAACCCGACACUAGAACAGGAUGACAUCAAUAAUAUACUGAAAGAAAGACAGAAGCUGUCGUUCACGUCGAUCAUACAAGAGAUCCUCACGAGGGAUGUGUCGCAGCCCAUUCUGCAGAUCAGCAAGAAGGAGGAACCCAGUCCUAAACAGUGCUUAGAGUUCCUAAGUCAAGCUACACUAAAACUCCGCGGCGAGUACAUCUCCCGUCAGCAGAGAGCUUGCGACGCCAUCGGCCGCAAGCUGCAGGCGCUGCGCUCGCUCAGCAACCAGCAUCAGGACUGGCUGCAGGACUUACAGAAAGAAAUAGGCGAAGUACAGCUCCAGUCGACGGUCCUCAAAGAAAAGUGCAUGUUGGCUGAAAAACACCAAGAUGAUCUGAAAUACAGGUGUAGUGCAGUGGUCCGUGCAGGUCGUGCGUGCAGUGCGCCGUGCGCGGCGGAGCGCGCGCUGCACGCCGAGUUGCAGCAACACGCGCGCACUGGACGCACGCUGCAGCAACACAUCGCGCAACUCAAGGCACACGCCGCGUACAGGGCGCAGGAGAUGGAGAAAUGGGAGUCGGAGUAUAAAAAGAAGGACAUAGCUCUGGGCCAGUCGCACAGCAAUACUAUCUCGUCCAUUCUACAACAACAAACCAGUCAAAUAAAAACACUCAUGGAAGAAACGAAACUACUGAAAGAUCAACUGAGUAUUGUUUAAAUUAUUUAGUUUAGUAUUAAUGAUAAUGAUAAGUAGGUAUUUUUUUUUUAUUUUGUCGACCUUUUACAUCUUAUUUGUUAACCCUUAGUAUGAGUUUGCUUUAUACGAGCCGGCCAAACAGACCGCCAAAUGGGCUCUCGUUUCGAUUACAUGAAACGCAAAGCAAACUUGUAGUAAGGGUACAGACUUCAAAGAAGGGAGUUUCAAUUAGUAAACUAUAUUUUUUGUUUUGUAUCCAACGCGUUUCUGCCCCAAAAAGAAUAAUAUUAUGGUGUAAUAUUUUUUUUAUAAAUGCUGUAAUAAUUUUUAUUCGUUGUUGUAUAAAAUAUGGAACAAACUCGCAGUGGUUUACGUUGAUUGUAAUGUGUUAAUUAUUUUCUUGUAACAGUAAAUUAAUCAGUAUUUUGUGUCAUAGUUUUAAAAUAUGUAAAUCACAAUAAUUAUGUAAAAUCAUAACCAAACAAAAUAUAAAAUUUGGCAAAGAUAUAGAAAAACGCGGGUGAAGCUAGAGCUAGUUUUUCAUAGGGACGCUUACACUAAAAUAAUGGUGCAAAUGCUAACCCUCUUUAUAAAAGAAGUACAUCAAUUUAUUCUAAUCAGAUACUAUUAUCCGAUUCGGUGCAGUCGUUUAGCAGUUAUCCACACACAUACGUUUUUGUUUAGUCUCCAACCCCAAUUUAUCUCGUAGUUAGAACUUUGUAAACUGAUUAUAAUUGUAAUUCGUCUCGUAUUGUUAGAACUGACUUUGUUUUAUUUUUUUAUUGUUUCUCAAUAAAUUGUGUAAGAAUGA